GAAAUGGAAAUGGAAAUGGUAAUGGAUGUGGCCCGACUUCCCGUAUAAAUAAAACCGGCUAUCGAAAAAUCCUCACAACGAAAUCGUCAGUCCGAUAAUUAUUAAACAAGGAUCAAAAUGAACUCCUUCGCAACGACGAGUAGCCUGCUGCUUCUGGCUGUCCUUCAAACGGCGAUGGCCGGAAUUCUUCCCGCCGCCGUACCCGCGGCGCCGAUCGUAGCGGCGGCUCCGGCAGCAAUCGGAUACGCAAAGGCUGUUCCUUACAACAUACCCCCGUACGCGUCGAGGGUUGACAUCAACACGAGGAACAUCGCCGCUCCCUACGUAGCCGCUGCUCCUUACAUCGCCGCAGCUCCUGCCGCUGCUCUUCCUUACGCAGCGCUUCCGUCAGCUCCUCUGAUCGCAGCCCCCGGUGUCAUCCCUUCCGCGUACGCCGGAAGUUUCGCCGCACCCCUGGCACCGGCAGCCUACGCAAUCUGAAUCACGUCGCGAUGCACAAAAUACGAUGAAACGCUUGCCAAUCAUUGUCUAGAUCCAUAUUAGUUUUUUUUUUUCUUUCAAGCUUUUUGUCGUUUGAUAAGAAUAAUAAAAAAUUUUCCAACCGA